AUGUAUGUCAUAGCCACCAGGCUAGAUAUAAUGCAUGUUGUCAGCCUCAUCAGUCGUUAUAUGGAAUGUCCUACAAGACUACACCUACUUGCUGCAAAGAGGAUCCUUCGCUAUUUAAAAGGAACUUCUGAUUUUGGCAUACUUUAUAAAAUGGGUACAAAGGGUGGUUUGAUUGGCUUUAGCGAAAGCGAUUAUGCUGGAGACUUGGAUGAUAGGAGGAGCACAUCAAGACAUGUUUUUACAAUAGGAUCAGCAACAGUCAAUUGUGACUUUAUCGACUACUAA